AUGUACCAGUUUAUGAACCAAAGUAUGACAUGGCUUGACGCUCAGAGGUACUGCAGAGCAAGAUUCACUGAUCUGGCCGCUGUUAUGACCAUGAAUGACGUGAGAAGGCUGGUAACUACAGUGGAUCCUGGAUACAACGGUUCAGUAUGGAUAGGUCUCCAUGCUUUGGGGGUGGGACGCUGGCUUUGGUCUAUGGGAGACAGCGCAAUCUCCCAGGACAGUAUGUGGCAGCCAGGAGAACCGAGUGGUGAUGGGGAGUGUGUGAGGAGUUUUAGUGGAAGCUGGUAUGAUGAGAGCUGCAGCACCGUUCUCCCAUUUGUGUGUUUCAAUGACAGCACUGGUUUUAUUAUUAAUAAGACUGCUAUGACAUGGAGAGAUGCUCAGAGUUACUGCAGACAACACCACACUGAUUUGGCGAGUAUCAGCAGCCCAGAGCAGCAGAAUCUGAUCAGUAAAGAAUCAUCGCUCUGGAUUGGUCUGUUUCUGGACUCUUGGGAAUGGUCGAAUCAGUGGAGCUACUUCUUUAGAUACUGGGCAGCAGAUCAACCAUUACUGAGUUUAGUGUCUAGUAACUGUGCUGGCAUGUCAGCAACCGAUUCUGGGAAAUGGGCUCAAUAUAGCUGUGAUCUAAAGCAGCCUUUUAUCUGCUAUGGAGAUGACAAGUUAAUAAAAAAACAGGUUGUCAGAGUGAAAUUGUCCUGUAAUGGAAAAUGCACACUGAAUGAUCUUUCACUACAGACGACCGUUCUGAAUGAGUUAAGCAAAAAGCUGAAGAGCAUGGGGCUGGAAAGUGACAGACAAUUAAGCUGGAGAAAGGGGCAAGAUGGAGAAGUGUUUCAUCAGGAGAGAAAAUCUAGAGCGAGUUCAAAUAUUGUGUGUAAUAGGCAGUAA